CAAGAACACCCACAAAUACGCUGCCAAAGCUUCCCUUUUCCUCUGUUUUUUCGCCUCCAGCAAGCCACAACAAUUCCGUCCGGAAAAAUCCUCCUUGAAAGAACCCAAAAUUCUCUCUCGUGAUCCUCUGUACUUCUUCCCCUGAUUUUUUUUGGUUCCUCCCUUCCAGCCAGGCUUCUGUGGCCGUUCGGUGAUGAUGACGACGAAUGCUGGGGUUGAAGUAGAUGUCAAAAUUGAAAGAGAAUCGGGACCGGAGAAGGAAGCCCGGAGGAAAAAUCAAGGAAAAAUAAAUAAAUAACUCAGGAAAUCAGGGAGAGGAGAUCUGAAAGAAGCUCGGCAAAGAUGAUGGUGAGAUGGAAGUUUUUUGGGCUGGAAGAGG